AUGCAUCCAUUUUGGAAGCUCCUGAUCCUCCUCUGUUUGCUGUCCUUGCCCUCAGCACUGCACAAGCAGCCCUGGCCUGGCCUGGCCAAGGCCCACGCAAACAGCAAAUCCACCCUGGUGAGAAUUAUUACCCAGGGCCUCAUGAAGCACAAUGCAGAGGGCCGAAUUCAGAACAUCUGCCUCCUGGACAGUCUGAAUAACUCAAAGCAGGUGACUGCAGGGAUGGUGGCCUGGCUAAUCGGUGGUAGCAUGAGCCUCCAGCAGCAGCAAGAAGGCAGCGCCAACAUCACCAACAUUCAGCUGGACUAUGGCAGGAUCCAGAUGUCUGUCCCUAAGGAGUGGUUCUCAGCAAACAUCUCACUUGAAUUUGACAUUGACUUGAGAGUGCCCUUCAAAAACAAGACUGCAACAACACAUGCACGCAUGAACCUCUCUGUGGAGUUCUGGCUGGAGAAAGAUGAAUUUGGCCGGAGGGAUCUGGCGAUAGGCAAUUGCCGCGUGGAGCCCAGCAGCGUCCAUACAACAGUUCUAACUGAAGAUCUCUCAGCACAGGUAAAACAUUUUGUCCGCAAUUUUAGACAAAAUCUGGAAAAAGUUAUCCCACAUCUAAUAGAAGAUCAGGUAUGCCCUCUAAUUGGUGAAAUCCUCAGGCAGCUGGAUGUGAAACUGCUGAAAAGCCUCAUCGAAUAG